AUGAAUCAGGAGGUGGAGAGGCACUUGGCUCUCAUUCCAAAGCACCUCCGUCAGCAAGACUACCCCGCUGUUUCAAGCAAGGUCAAGGCGGUGCUCCAGGACUUGGAAGCGGGCGCGGAGGUGUUUUCCCAGUACGGAGUUCUUGGGAUCCGUUUGGAGACGUAUGGCAACGGACCACAGUCUGGUUCCAGCGCGGACUCUGAGCCAGAGAGGAACCGGCUCAUCUAUGGAAAUAUCACUGCGCCUUGGUCGGCCUUUAUCUGUGGUAGUCAAGGAAGUGGUAAGAGCCAUACUCUCUCGUGUCUGCUUGAAAAUGCACUCCUCUCUCCGAGCAAAACCGGAACUAUCACCAAUCCGCUUGCUGCGAUUGUUUUUCAUUAUGACAAGUUCACUGCCUUCGCCAGUACUCAGUUGUGCGAGGCAGCCUAUCUUUGCUCGGCCGGAAUCCCGGUCCGCGUGCUUGUCUCGCCUAGCAAUUUUCAUGCCAUGCAGAGACAGUAUGCCAACUUGCCGGGUAUUCCAGCCUCAGCGCCCAAGCCCAAGGUUGUCCCGAUGUACUUUCGGGAACAGCACUUGAACAUCGCAAUGAUGAAAACCCUGAUGGGAGUGGUCACGAAAAUCCUUCGGGACAUGGCUCGCGAGUCGCGCGGUUCUCCCGGACUUAAUUAUCGUUUGUUCAAGAAGCGCCUUGAGGCGGAAAGAUUCAUACGCGGUCAAGAUGCACCCCUGAAGAUGCGUCUCCAACUACUGGAAUCUUUCCUCGUGCUCCCCGGCGAAGACAAGGGAGUCCCAAAGGAUACAUGGAAAUUCAAUCCCGGCACCUUGACAAUCAUUGACCUGAGUUGCCCAUUUGUCGACGCGGAUGACGCGUGUGCUCUGUUUAAUAUAUGUCUUUCACUGUUUCUCGAAAAUCGUCACGACGGGGGUCGUCUGGUAGCACUUGAUGAGGCGCACAAGUUUUUGACCACCAACUCUAGUGAAGCUGUGGAAUUUACCGAGACCCUCCUCUCCGUUAUCCGACAGCAGCGACACCUGGCAACUCGGGUCGUGAUCGCGACUCAGGAACCGACUCUCUCGCCAAGUCUCCUGGACUUGUGCAACGUGACCAUCGUUCACCGAUUCACUUCCCCGGCUUGGUUCAAGGCCCUCGAGGGACAUCUUGCUGGAGCUGUCAUUGGAAAAUAUCGUGGUGGAAAGAAAGCUGCUGAAGGGGACGAAGGAGAGCCACUUCGCCUCUUUGACCAGAUCGUGAGGCUGACCACCGGCGAGGCAUUGGUGUUCAGUCCUACUGCGAUGCUGGAUGUUGCGGAUGAGGCCGAUGACAGUUCGAACACCGACGGCAGCAAUGAGUGGCGCUCGGACAGUGACACUUCGGCCGAGUCUAUGCCUACCUUUCAGGAGCUUGGUCCGCGGUAUGUGAGGGUGAGAGUCCGCGCGCGCAUUACCGUGGAUGGUGGUCGCAGCAUUCUCGCUGAGUGA